AUGAUGACUUCGAUUUCAGUAAUUCUGUUACUUGUCCUGGGCAACUUUGUUAUGGCCAACCAAAAUGAGCUGGCUGGUGAUAUGACAAAAGCCGUCGGUCGGAUCGCACCCUUUAAAUACCUGAAUCCAAGUCAGGCAUGGUUUUACGCAUUCCUCAAUCGAUGGCCCGAUUUGAAGAAUUUUUUGUUCGGGCCUCGGAGUAACUGGAAAUCAAAGGGCGUUUCUGGGGAUGCAAUUCAGGCCUAUUUCGAGCAACUGGACAAGGUCCUCACAAAAUAUGGAAUCAAGGACAAGCCCGAGCAUAUGUGGAUUGUCGAUGAAGUUAGCAUUAGCUGUGAAAACCAACCUCCGCGCAUUCUUCCCAUCGGAAUUCAGCGGUCUCAGUCGGCAAGCUACUGGAAUCCCACUGUGGCGAUGAUUGGUGCGGCGAGCGCGGCGGGCGAGAAAAUUCCCCCAUUUCUCAUAUAUCGAGGCGAAUCCAUAACAACAAAAAUGAUGGAAGGAGCGGUGCGAGGCACGAAAUUUGCCAAUUCUCCCUCUGCUUGGGUGAACUCAGACGCAUUUAUUCAAUGGUUUUUGAAACACUUCCGACCAAUCGUCUCUAAGAGGCCUCUGAUACUCCUGUACGAUGGACAUCUACAGUUCGUCAGUGUCCGGGUCCUUGAGAGGGCGCGGGAAGAUGGCGUACUUCUCUUCCCCUUACCACCUCACCCAGCUUACAAUCAUUGCGUAGAAAACACGUGUUUCGUCACAUUUCAGCGGGCGCUGAAUUCCGCCAAUAUGAUUGCCCUCUUUGAAAAGCUUGGCAUAUGCCCGUUCAAUAAUCUGGCUACCUCCAUCGGCACCUACCUCCAUAUAGCCGACGACUACGAUUCACUGAACCUUGACUCCGAUCCCGAUGGUUUCCCAGAACAGUGUACCGUUGGCGUCAAUCCACAGUGGCCCGUUUCCAACGUUAACGCUUUUCCCGAGCCUGUCAGUACAGUUUUCUCCAUGCAGAAUUAUUCUACUCAAAGCCAUCCCGCAUCGUACGCUUCUGCUGGUAUC